GCGCGGUGGGAUUGUGGAGCUUUUUUUUUUUCUUUUGUUCAUCUUCUCUCUGUCUGGAUCCUGGUCGAAGGGAAAUAAACAAAGCCAUGGAUUACUCAGUCUGCCUACUUUUACUCCUGUCAACCAUUUCGUCUGUGUCCACCGGACAAUUCCCAUCAGCGCAGAUGGUAAAGGAAUGGGUGGACCAGAUGCAAAAAGAGUUGGUCACAUUAACAGACACAGCCAGUGGCCUGCAGGACCUCAUACAGAUAUAUAAAACACACAAAGCUCACUUCAGCGUGGAGUUCAACAAUGCAACGGAAUUGGUGGGGACGGCUGCGGGGAACAUAGAGAAACUACUGGCUAACCGCUCCCAAGCCCUAAAGAGGCUGGCAACAGAGGCAGAGCGGUUUCAGAUGGAGCACUCGUGGAGGGACGACAGUGAGGCCGACAAAAUAGUUUACUACAAUGCCAAAGAUGAUCUUAAUCAGACAGAGAAGAAGAACCGAUAUGUUCCAGACGACUUCCACGUAGACCCCGACUUCAAACGACUUGUCUCGUACAACACCACCGCUGUCCACAUCCCUACGGAUAUAUAUGAAGGAUCUACCAUAAUUUUGAACGAGCUAAAUUGGACAGAAGCCUUGGAGGAUGUUUUCCGGAAAAACAAAGAGGAAGAUCCCUCACUCCUCUGGCAGGUGUUUGGUUCUGCCACCGGACUGGCUCGAUACUACCCAGCAUCCCCUUGGAUGGACUUGAGCAAUUCAGCCAAUAAGAUUGACCUCUACGAUGUGCGCAGGCGCCCGUGGUACAUUCAAGGGGCAGCGUCACCCAAGGACAUGCUGAUCCUGGUGGAUGCGAGUGGCAGCGUUUCAGGUCUCACCCUCAAACUCAUCCGAACAUCUGUUAACAAGAUGCUUGAGACCCUAUCUGACGAUGACUACGUGAACGUCGUCUCCUUCAAUGAAAAGGCCACACAUGCAGCCUGUUUUAAGAACCUGGUGCAGGCCAACGUCCGCAACAAGAAGAUUCUGAAAGAAGCCGUAGAGAACAUCCUUGCUAAGGGUAUCACCAACUACAAAGGCGGCUUCGAGCUGGCCUUCGAGCAGCUCGCACAGGUGAAUGUGUCAAGGGCUAACUGUAACAAGAUUAUCAUGCUCUUCACUGACGGAGGAGAAGAAAGGGCAGAGGAGAUCUUUGAAAAAUAUAACCCAAAGCAAGCGGUGCGCAUCUUCACAUUUUCAGUAGGUCAACACAACUACGACAAGGAACCAAUACAGUGGAUGGCCUGCGCUAAUAAGGGCUAUUACUAUGAGAUCCCAUCUAUAGGUGCCAUUAGACUCAACACUCAGGAGUACCUGGAUGUUUUGGGCAGGCCUAUGGUUAAGGCUGACAGAAAGGCCAAGCAGGUUCAGUGGACCAACGUCUAUUUGGAUGCACUGGAGCUUGGCCUGGUGAUCACUGGAACUCUGCCCGUCUUCAACAAGACCAACACAGGCUCAAAGAAAUCGCAAAACCAGCUCAUUUUGGGGGUUAUGGCUAUUGAUGUCUCCCUGGAAGAUAUCAAGAGACUCACACCUCGGUUUACUUUUGGACCAAAUGGUUACUACUUUGCCAUUGACCCCAACGGUUAUGUGCUGCUUCACCCUAACCUCCAGCCUCUGACUGCCAAGUUUCAUGAACCUGUAACGCUGGACUUCCUGGAUGCAGAGAUAGAGAAUGAGAUCAAAGUGGAGAUGCGAAAAAAAAUGAUCGACGGAGGAACAGGAAAUUACACAAUAAAUACACUGGUGAAAUCCCAAGAUGAGCGCUACAUUGACCAAGGUCAGAGAGCGUACACGUAUGCACCAGUAAAGGGGACAGAUUACAGCCUGGCCCUGGUCCUUCCUGAGUACAGUAUGCACUACAUCCGGGCCACAAUCGGUGACACAAUCACCCAGGCAAAAUUUUCUGAAAGCCUGCUCGCAGACAAGUUUGAUGAAUAUGGCUAUACAUUUAUCGCACCGAGGGUGUACUGUAAGGACUUGAAGCCACCUGACAAGAAUAAGAACAACACUGAGUUCCUCAUGGAGUUCAACAAUUACAUUGACACAAAGACUCCAAACAACCCCAUGUGUAAUGUGGAGCUGGUGAACCGGUUGCUCCUAGAUGCUGGCAUCACCUCGGAUCUAAUUAAGCUUUGGAAGCAAAACGAGUUGCAGUUUGGUGUCAUGGCUAGAUUUGUUGCCACUGAUGGGGGAAUCACACGGGUCUACCCCAAGAGUGCUGGACUGUACUGGAAAGAAGAAGCAGAGACGUAUGAGUCAAGUUUCUAUAAGAGAAGUUUAGACAAUGAUCUGUACAUCUUCACCCCAACACCCUACCCCAAAAAAGAGAACACAAGUGAUGACUCAGUCCUAGUGAGCAGAGCAGUAAACCUCAAUAUUGAUGGUAUCAUACUUAAACCAGCUGUGGUCGGCGUGUUGUUGGACAAAAGUGACUGGAUGGCGAGAUUCAUCAACACCACACAGAGGGUGAAUUGCAAUGAUGAAAUCUGUGGCUGUCAGAGAGAAGAUGAGUACGUAGACUGUGUCAUUCUGGAUGACGGGGGCUUCCUAGUGAUGUCCAAUCGAGAUAAAUAUAACGAUCAGAUCGGACGCUUCUUUGGUCUUAUCGACCCUGCCCUCAUGAGAAGCCUGAACGACUCCCUGUUCACCUUUAAGCAGACCUUCGACUACCAGUCGCUCUGCGACCCCAAGAGAGAGAGCAAGGCGGCUGCAGGCCUGCGAUCCGUCUAUGUGCCCACAAUCGCAGAUAUUUUGAAUUUAGGAUGGUGGGCGACAGCUGCAGCCUGGUCAAUACUGCAACAGAUACUGGUCAGCAUCACAUUCCCUAAUUUCCUGGAUGCAGCUGAAAUGGAUGAUGAAGUGUCAGAUGCCAUGUCUAAAGAGGUCUGCAUCACCAAGCAAACUCAAUAUUACUUUAUGAACAGCAACGUGUCUUUCAGAGGCACAGUCGACUGCGAAAACUGCUCCAGGCUCUACCACGCUGAAAAGCUGCCUAAGACAAACCUGGUCUUUAUCAUUGCUGAUGCAAGAGACACCUGCUCGUACUGUGACGCCACUCCGAUGAAACAGGAAGAAGAGCCGUCUGAAGGUCCUGACCCCUGUGAACUGGCUCACAGUCCUCGGUACAGGAAAGGACCUGCAGUCUGCUUUGAUAACAAUGAACAUGAGGAGGACCCUGACUGUGGUGGGGCAUCCGGCCUGACUCCCUCACUUUGGCUAAUGGUGGGUCUUCAGCUGGUGCUGCUCUGGGUUCUGACUGGCUCCAGAAACCACGCCGUCCCAUCAUGACCCCUGAACCAACCUGAUCACACCCUCUAUUGCCCUCCCUCUGUAUCUCCAACAUGGCAACCAGCAUGCAACGCUGCCACCGAAAUGAUGAACGCCAGAUGAGAAGCGCUUAUAACGAAUAAGCAAAAAAUCCGUGAGCAACACAUUCUGCCAGUUUCUUUUUUUGAUACCUUCAUUUUCAGGGGUUUCUCAAAGUGAUUUCGCCAGGUGCAAGGGUACAAGUGACAAAACAAACGUGUAUCAGAAGAUAUCUGACCAAUAAGAAAGACCUCGACCUACAGUUAAUCCUUCAUCCCUUCAAAGGUCCCCGCCGGCUGAGAUUAGAAGAAUACAGAGAUUAAUUUUGAUUGGCGACUUCUGAACUUUCUCUGGCUUGAUGUCACUGAUGAGGGAGCUUGGACUGCCUUAUAGUAUCAGAGGGAUUGAAAUCACAAUGGGAGGGACUUGCUGUUUGUUGAACAUGUUGAGCAGUUAUACUCACCACUGCCAGAAACAGUGCUGCCCUUUGCAAGCGUACAAUUUAUUUUGAAUCGAUUUGCAGUGGCUAGUUAUUAGGUAUUUAUUGUUUUGUGGUUGAGAAUUUGGCAAAGAUUGCAGUAAGAGAUGCCAAAUUGUUACAUCACAUGCUUUUGCCCUUCAUUUGCUUCAGUUGGGUUGCGUAUAAUAUAAUGUUGUCUCGGGUCAGAUUUUUAAAUAGCACCACCCAGAACAUUUUCACAAUGUCUCUUAAGGACAUUGCCUUCACUUUCGCCUGGUGUUCUUUCAUAUAGAUACUGUAUUUGCAGUGUGGAAAUCAUGUUCAUUGUUAUGUUAAUGCACAGAAACCAACCCAUCAGCUGCCACAGAGCGCCCGCUUCUGAGUGUAUGGAUUUUAACUUUGUAGCUGAAACAUCAGGAGUGGUAAAUGUAUCUGGAUUUCACGCCUUGUUGUUGGAUUGCUCCAGUGCAAACUUUGUUGCCAUAGCACGCAUUAACCAAUCAGGACAAGCCUGGCUGGUGUCCUGUGUGUGCUCACUGGACAAAAUCUCUAGUGCCAUGUGGACUGUGUGACUCAGAUGAACCCUUUAGCUUUGUAGACUGUGGCUACUGAAUGAAGAGAAGCGUAGUAAUUAUUUAUUUUAUUAUUUAUUGGUUAUUUGAAUGAAGAAUCAGGACAGCAUGCUACUGUUUGUUUUAUUGCCACUACUAAAGAAAAUGAAUGAGGGGGACGUGAGAGUUUGUACUUAACAUUUUGUUCAAAAAAGAAGGAAAGAAGUGCGUUUGUAUUCACUGCUGUCACUUUUUAAAUUAAAUGACUACUAUCUGCACUUCAAUUCAAAGUGCAGCUGUUUUUUGUCUUUACAGGUUGAUCUUCUAGCUGGAGAACAGCCUCUAUUUCUGUGUAGUAGUGAGAGUCCCUCUUGCAGUUUAUUAUUCUGUGGCAUGAGAUCACCAAGUGGAAAUCACUAUACAGCAGCAGGCAGUUCAUGACCCUCUCUUUUGCUCUAUUUAAUUUUCCCCAAUAUAAGUUCAUCUUGGUUCAUUUUGUGUGUCUGUCUUCAGGUUCAUAUAUAACAUGCUGUACCUAACUUAAGCAAGAAAGUCUGCAGAUGACUUACUGUAGAUGGUUUUAGUGAAAUAGUGUCAUCUUGUUGUUUGCAAAAGGGCAGGACAGUUAAAUUAGAAAAAAAAAAGAAUGCACUAAUCCGCCAAACAACUGCUACAGAGCAAAAUAAAUUUGCCAAAAUAAUAAAUGAUAACCUAUUGCACAGGACCAAAACUGGACUCUCAAAUCAGUUAAGUAGCAAACGAAAUAAACCAUUUUACUCAUUUCAGACUGAAAAUAUAAAUCCAUCCUGAACAUGUAGAAAAUGACUUGCUGUAUUUUUGAGGUUCAUUUAUGUACUCACACGAUAUUGAGAAUCAAAAGAAGAUAAUGCAAUUAGAUGGGAAAUAAUAUGUCGGGCAGAAAACUGGGUUGUGAUUAUUCACAAAACAAGCUUAAAAUCUUUGAUAUAAAAAUAAUUUUUACUUAAACCAUCUGCGCUUGUUUGGCGCUGCUGUCAACAAAUAAUCAUACAGUUUGAUUUAGGUGUCUGUUGGUUCAAGUAAAGGAUUGACAGUCACAGGUUUUAAUGAUUCAUAUGUACAGUGGCAAAACAAACUAAGUGAACCUUUGGAAUUACCUGCAUUCAUGUAUAAAUUUGUCUUGGAAUAUGGUGAGAUCUUCAAUUAUUAACAAACAUAAUCUAUUUUAACUAAUAUACACACAAAUUAUUGUCUUGUUCUUGUCAGAUAUUCACAGUGUAGGUUGGAAAAACUUUUUGAACCGCUCGGCUAAUGGCAUUAACAAAAGCUUACUGGAGUCAAGAGUUAUCAAACCUGGAUAACCUGGUUGGAGCUACUUAAACAUUUUAACACUUAAACAUUCAUAUGAAGCAUCUGCUUAAAUGAACCAUGCCUCACAAAACAGAUCUCAGAAGACUUACGAUUAAUAAUUGUUAAUUUGCAUAAAUUUGAAAGGGUUACAAAGUAAUCUCAGAGAGUUGAAAUAUUCCUCAGUCCACAGUCAGGCAAGCUGUUUAUAAAUGGAGACGAUUUAGUUUCUCCUCUUCUUAGAAGUGGGCGUCCAGCUAAUAUGACUCCAAAGACACAAUGCAGAAUGAUCAGUAACAUAACAAAGAUCCUUCAAGUAGCAGCUAAAGGCUUAAAGUAAUCAUUGGAGCUGGUUAACAUCUUUGUUCAUGAGUCUGCCAUAAACAAAUCAUGGUGUGCAGAGCGCUUCAUCCAUGGUAGGAGACCACAGAGGAAACCACUGCUCUCCAAAAAAAUGUCACUGUCCCCGGAGUUUGCCAAAGAGCAGCUUGACUCAGGACCGCUUGACAUCAUCAGUCAUCACUGAGUGGAAAAUUAAUGAAAAGUGAAUGACCCGAAGAGAGCCACUCACACCAGACAUCCUAAGAAUAUGUCUGAGCUGAAGCAGCUCUGUAGGAAGAAUGGUCCAAAAAUUCCUCCUGAACAUUGUGCAGGUCUGUUCCGCAGCUACUGGAAGAGUUUGUUUGAGGUCAUUGCUGCCAAAGCAGGUUCGACCAGUUAUUAAAUCCAAGGGUUCACUUCCUUUUUCCCCCAGCACUAUGCUUGUUGAAUGGGAGUGUGCAACAAAGACAUGAAAGAUUAGAAUUGUUUGUGUGUUUUUAGCUUAGGGACACUGUGUUUGUCUACAUUUGUGGCUU